GAGAAAGAUUUGGCACUCCGGAACGCUGGUGGUGAAGAGGAGGCGCCAUUGCGGUGGAUGUGCGGCCUCGCCCCGGAAGCAGGAAGAUCCGGCCCCGCUGGCUUGCACGGGAAUCCCACUUCCAUGCUCGAGCCCUCCCUCCAGCCUUGCGGGACUCCUCCGGGCGGUUUCUGGGAGGUCAUGGAGCUUUCUGCCAGUGAACUCAGCAUUUAUGAUAAACUCUCAGAGACCAUUGACUUGGUGAGACAGACUGGUUACCAGUGUGGUAUGCCUGAAAAAGCCAUAGAGAAAUUCAUCAGACAACUCUUGGAGAAAAAUGAACCCCAGCGGGGACCUCCACGAUAUCCCCUUUUGAUGGUUCUUUAUAAGGGCCUGAUUACCUUGGGGUUAGUUUUACUAACUGCAUAUUUUAUGAUCCAGCCACAUACCCUUUCAUCACCUGAGACUACACUGACCAAAGCCCAUGUAUGGGGCUCCCUCAUCAGUCAUAUCCGACUGCUGCCUUUGCCCAUCACCAAGAAGUAUAUGCUGCGGAAAUGUCAAGACUGGCGGAGCCUGGAUUGUAGACAGAAUGUUUCUCUGACUGCCAAUUGCUCUUGCUGUUGUUCCAUGAAAAAUCUUGGGGCAGCAGCUGACCUAGGAGAGCUAUCAGAAAAUCUCCUGCAAUCGCAGCCUCUUGUCAUCAAGACAGGACAGUAUCGGUCUUAUGAUGAAAUGAAGCAUUUUCAGUCUCUCUACCCUGAUCUGAUAAAUUUUGUGAUACAUGAAGAUUCAGCUGAAGUCAGGAGCAGCCAUCUGGGGCAGGGCCUUCUAUAUCACUUUUUCCGGGAAAAAACUCUGAAUAAAAGUCAGAUUAUAGAGGAGAUUUUCCCCAUCUUCUCUUCAUUGUGGUUCCCAACCUCUGUUUCCUUGGAAAGCUGUUUUCUCAUCCAUCACCCAAAACUUCAGGAUAAGACUUACAGGCUACAGAGCGCCUUUGUGGUUGGAAGUGGUCGGCUUACCUUACAUGCUGCUCCUUCAUCAUUGUGCAGAGAACAUUGCCAGAUGCUGGUGGUGGAGUUAGAAGCCGGGGAUGUUGGCUUUGUGAACAUGGAAUAUUGGACAACAAGUUUUAAUUCUAUGGGAUCAGAGCCUGCCGUUGUUUGUGAUGGAUCCGCCAGCUAAAAACACUUGAGAAAGAACCCAGAUUCAGUAUGAGAAAACUGCACAAUCAAAGACAAGGAAGCAGAGUACAGAAGAGAUGAGGAUGAUGUAGCCUCAAUUUCCAAGGAUGUGGUUUUCCUUAUUCUGCACAUCUUGCAGCGAGGGAGACUGUACACUUUAAAGGGGCAUCUUCAUCAGACCUUCAAGAUAAUAUGGACCCUUCCUUAAAUGUAUCAGACGUAAUUGGAGGAGCCCAAGAUUUCUCUGUUUUCACAUAGAGUUGUCCUUGAAAGUCAGUGGAAGGGUUCGGAAAUGGGAGAGGAUCUGUGCUCUUUGUGAGCACCACUUUCUGACACGUCAGAUGGAGUUCUUACUAAAUACUUCUUUCCAGACAUCCUGGAGAUGUAUUGUCCAGACUGCUUACUAGUCUGUAUCUGGGUCACUUCUACAAAAGGAACAAGUUACUGAAAUGUAAUCUGAAGCCUGAGGACACAAUUGCGGGAGGAAUCUGCUCUGAUCUGGUUCUGUGUUACAGCCUGGGCACAGAAAUUUCAUCUGCAGCUGCAACCUUUGCCAUGAUGUGAUGACUCUUCUGCAUUAUCAUAAUAUUCAAGCAUAAUUCUUUCCAGUAAAAUCUACUAUAUUUGCUCCCCUAAC